AUGGCGGACACUAGUGGCUCCAUGACGGCUGCCAACUCUCGUUCUUUCGCAAAUCUUCUAUCUGCAAGCCCUCAUCCAAUCCCUGAUGUGCUUUUGCCAUCACGGGCCCUUAAAAGUAUUGAUGGUGAAGUGUAUUUUCUGUUUUCGAAGGAGGAAAUCAUGAAGUCUGCAUGGGGAUUAUCUGGUAUUGCAGUUGUUUCAGCCAUGAGGAAGCUGCGUAAUGCUUUUGUCCGAUUAAUGUCGGAGGAGGAUUUCAAUAAGGCUUUGUCUAGGGAAGUUUGCGACAUUGAUGGAGUGAUGUAUCGACCAUUUCAUUGGACCCCUAAUUUUUCUAAAGAAGAGGAGUUGUCGGUGGUUCCAGUAUGGAUUUUCCUUCCCAAGGGCUCCAAAUUUCUACCACCUUCAAUCCUGAAAAGCCUCAUAGCACCAAUUGGGAAGUAUAUUCGGAGUGAUAACUCUAUGAAGUGUGCUACAAGAAUAGACGGGGCAAGGCCAAUAGUGGAAAAGGAUGGUGAGGAAGUGGCUAUUUUUCAGUCAGUGGAUUUGCAUGGAAUCGGUUCUGGGGACAAGGCCAAGGAUGUGGAGUUGCACGUCCAUCUAGAAGUGGUAUCCCCCGUUCUUGAUGAGUUGGGUCCAGUGGUUUCUGAGGUGGUGGGAGUUCUGAAAGCAAUGGAUGUGGUUUUUGCAGAGGUCCCAAUAGUUUCUUGUUCUGUGGUAGUGGAUUCAAAAGCAAUGGAUGUGGUUCUUGUAGAGGUUCCAAUGGUUUCUACAGAAGUGGUGCCCUUUAUAGCGCAUGAAGAGGCAGCGGAGAAAGUGUUGAGUGGGGAUGGCAGUGAUAUGGCUAAUCUAUUGGCCAGUUUAUCUGAUACGGAGGUAGUGGAAGGAGGAAGGAUAUCAAAUAAAGAUGUAGUCUUUGACUCUGAAAUGCUUGAUUUAGUGAAGAAGAAAGGAGAGGACAUAGCCAUGAAAGUUUGUAGCAGUAAACGGGAUGAACAAUUGGAUGGCAUUAAGAAUGUGUUCGGAUUUGAUUGUGGUUUUUUGAAUGGUGCUUGGGACGGGAACUUGAUGAAGUGUAAAAUUUCAUUUGUUUAUGCUAAAUGUUCUUCUGAGCAACGACGUGAGUUGUGGGCUGACCUUGUCAUGGAGAGUAACUCAAGUGAGUCGUGGCUAGUAACAGGGGAUUUUAACAUUAUUUCUUCUGAUGGGGAGAGACGUGGUGGUCGACCACGGCCUGUGGUGGCUAUGGAGGAGUUUAAUUCUUGGAUCCACAUUUGUGGAUUACUGAAAUUACAAUUCUUCGGUAAGAGUUUCUCAUGGUGCAAUGGGUAUGCCGGUCGUUCUCGCAGUUGGGCUCGGUUGGAUCGUUCUUUGGCAGAUCAGAAGUUUUUUGUUGCUUUUUCAGACUCAGUUAUGAGAUAUUUGCCUCUUACAUCAUCCGACCAUGCCCUAUGGUUAUUUCUCUGGUGA